GUGGCAGCGGGAGGACGUCAAUAAUGUUGUUGGUGGCGGCGGCGAGAAGGGGAAAUAGGAGGCGGACUGUAAACUAUGGAGGAGGCGAAGCGCUAGGAGGUGAGAACUAACAUUGCAACCGUGCUGCGGCAACACACCAGCGGCCGGAGGAGUGAAGCUUUGCUCGGAGACGCAGCGACCCCGCGGCGGGAAGUAAAGUCGGGGAGGAAGACACCUCCGCACUAGUGCGCGUUCCAGGAGGACCCGCCGACAUCCACGAAAAGCUGACACUAAGAAAGCGGUUUAAUUCAUCCGUUUGCCUGUCCAUCAUCUGUCCUCCAACACAUGGCUGACUCAGAGGACCCUCUUUAACACACACGCGCUUGAAAGACAGAAGUGUGAAGGCCUGAUUCCGCCUCCAUGAAUUCAUCACACACCGCAGCCAGGAGGAGAACAGCAUGAGGAUCCUUUGAUGCAGGGGAAUUCAGCUUCUCCUUGUAUCUGUUUUUGUGUGGUGUUAUUAGCUGUGGGAAGUGGCGAAGAGGCAGCUGCAGCUCUCGGCUCGUCCGUCCUAAUGCAAGCCGACUGCACACAUGGAACCCAUCGCUUCCAUCCUUUCUCAGCCUGUGGAAAUUUUGGAAAGUUUUACAAAGGUUUUACAAACACAGACAGCCAACAGCCUCUGGAGCUCCUGAGUAGCAGCAGGGGCUCUACCACUGCCAUGCCCACAGCCGUACUGGAGGUGAAGAGCAGCCUCCCAUCUGGGAUGCAGAGCCCAGUAGGAUCAGCAAAUGAACAGCGGGGAGGAAGUGGAGAAGGUUCAGAAGAAAGCUCAGGUGGAGGAGGAGGAGGUGGAGGCCCUGUUGACUUGCGUACUGAACUCAGAGUGGGAUCUUUGUCUGUGGGAGCAGCAGGAGUGGACACAACCCUUAGAGAGCAACAACUCCAGCAUGAACUAGUGCUCCUCAAACAGCAGCAAGAACUCCAGAAACAACUACUAUUUGCCGAGUUCCAGAAAAAACAUGAAGUACUAACCCGACAACAUGAAGUCCAGCUACAGGAACACCUGAAGCAACAACAGGAGCUAUUGGCAGCGAAGCGACAGCAGGAGAUGGAACAGAAGCUGAAACUGGAACAACAAAGGCAUGAAGAACUAGAGAAACAACGACUGGAGCAACAGCUGAUUUUAUUGCGGAAUAAGGAGAAAGGCAAAGAGAGUGCCAUUGCCAGUACAGAGGUGAAGCUGAAACUGCAGGAAUUCCUUCUUAGUAAGAAAGAACCUGGUAUUGGUGGACUGAACCAUUCCUUCUCCCCAAAAUGCUGGGGAGGCCAGAACGCGUCCCUGGAGCCGAAUUCUCCGCCCCAGAGUAAUACUCCAGGAACACCUCCCUCUUACAGACUUCCCACAUUACUUGGAAACUACGAGGGCAAAGAUGACUUUCCGCUGCGCAAGACAGUGUCGGAGCCUAACCUGAAGGUGCGUUCACGGUUGAAGCAGAAAGUAGCAGAGAGGCGCAGCUCUCCACUCCUCAGAAGAAAAGAUGGCACUGUCAUAAGCACUUUUAAGAAAAGAGCCAUUGAGAUUUCAGUCUCCCCUCUCUGUAAUAGUGCACCCGGCUCAGGUCCCAGCAGUCCUAACAGUUCUAAUUCGGCCAUUGCUAAUGGCAACACUGGAUCUGUUCCCAACAUACAAACUGAGCUUCGAUCCCUUCAUCAGACGCUAGGGGCUGAUGGGACGUUGAGUCCGCUAAGUCUGUACACAUCGCCAUCUCUGCCUAAUAUCUCGUUGGGCCUCCCUGCUAACACACACAUCACGGCCUCCCAGAACUUGUCAAACCAACAGGAGGCGGAGCGUCAAGCCAUUCAGUCACUACGAGCAGGCGGAGCUCUAACUGGGAAGUUUCUCUCGACAUCAUCUUUACCUGCAGGACAUGAUGGAGAGACUCCACCAUCAGGCGCUCAUUCUGCUCAUUCCUCGCUAUUGCAACAUGUGCUACUACUGGAGCAGGCCAGACAACAGACCGCUAUGCUAUCCGUCCCCAUUUACAGCCAGUCGCCCCUGGUUACGGCAGAGAGAGGCGUGUCCAGCGGCAUGCGAUCAGUCAACAAGCUGCCUCGUCAUCGGCCGCUGGCUCGUACCCAGAGUGCACCUUUACCCCAAUCGCCCCAGGCCCUCCAGCAACUGGUGGUUCAGCAGCAACAUCAGCAUUUUCUGGAGAAACAUUACAAGAUGCUUUCCAAGGGGUCGGACCUUCCCAGGCCUCCUCCCACCCAUCCCGAGGAGACGGAGGAAGAGCUAACCGAGACCAAUGACAUGCAGGAAGACGACAUAGGCACAAGCAUUCACAGACUUCAGAAGGAGGGUUCUGACGACAGCACAACAACCUCGGAGCGACAUAGUGCGCAUUCAAAGAGCGAGGAGGAGCGAGGAGUUGUGCACGUGAAAGGGGAGAGUACAGAGAGUGAACUCGAUGAAGAGGAUGAGGAAGACGAUGUUAUCCAGCUGGGGGAAGGUGAUGAAGACAGCAAGGGGAGCUCCUCUCAGGCUUUGCCGCAGAUGGGUGUGUUCUCCUCGUUAGCUCACAGACCUCUGGGAAGAGCACAGUCUUCUCCUGCAUCAACUGUCAAUCCGGUUAAACAUCUCUUCACUACAGGUCUUGUUUAUGACAGUCUGAUGUUAAAGCAUCAGUGUGUAUGCGGCAACGCUCACAUCCACCCAGAGCAUGCUGGAAGAGUGCAGAGUAUCUGGUCAAGGCUGCAGGAGACAGGCUUGCUGGGUCGCUGUGAGAGAAUUCGUGGGCGUAAGGCGUCCCUGGACGAGAUCCAGACUGUCCAUUCAGAGUUCCACACUCUGCUUUACGGAACCAGCCCGCUGAAUAGACACAAAUUGGACCACAAGAAGCUACUGGGUCCAAUCAGCCAAAAGAUGUAUGCUGUCCUUCCCUGUGGAGGAAUAGGGGUGGAUAGUGACACUGUAUGGAACGAAAUGCACUCGUCUGCAGCUGUCCGCAUGGCAGUGGGCUCUGUUAUUGAGCUGGCCUUCACAGUGGCAGCAGGGGAACUGAAGAAUGGCUUUGCAGUAGUGCGUCCACCAGGACAUCAUGCAGAGGAAUCCAAUGCCAUGGGGUUUUGUUUCUUCAACUCCGUUGCCAUCACUGCCAAACUGCUCCAACAGAAACUGGGUGUUGGCAAGAUACUCAUUGUGGACUGGGACAUUCACCAUGGCAACGGCACGCAGCAGGCCUUCUACGGUGACCCCAAUGUCCUCUACAUCUCCCUCCAUCGCUACGAUGACGGCAACUUUUUUCCAGGCAGCGGAGCACCUGAAGAGGUGGGCUCGGGUGCAGGUGUUGGUUUUAACGUGAACAUUGCAUGGACAGGAGGCGUAGAGCCUCCCAUGGGUGACGUGGAGUACCUCACUGCCUUCAGGAGCGUGGUAAUGCCUAUUGCUCAGCAAUACAGCCCAGAUGUGAUUCUGGUGUCUGCAGGCUUUGAUGCUGUGGAAGGCCAUCAGUCUCCUCUCGGAGGUUACAAUGUCUCUGCCAAAUGUUUUGGGCUGCUAACGCAGCUCCUGAUGGGCCUGGCUGGUGGGCGUGUUGUUAUGGCGCUGGAGGGGGGUCACGACCUCACUGCCAUCUGCGAUGCGUCAGAAGCCUGCGUCUCUGCUCUCCUUGGAGACCCGAGCGGCUCUGCAUUCCAGUGGCCUCAGGAGAAGCCAUGUCCAAAAGCCUGUGCCUCGCUAGAAAGAGUGAUAGAGAUCCAGAGCAAACACUGGUCUUGCCUCCAGAACUUGUCUCCGACGAGCAGCCACUCGCUAUUGGACAGCCCGCUGGGAGCUCAGGGCCAAUCAGAGAAGGACGAGGCGGACACAGUCAGCGCCAUGGCGUCCUUGAGCGUCGAUGUUGAGCAGUCAAGCUCAGCUGCCGACAUCGCUGACGGCAGCUGCAGGUCCACAGAGGAGCCAAUGGAGGAGGAGCCUGUUUUGUAGGCGGGGCUUAAAAAGGAACGCACACAUGAAGACCACCUUACCCUCCUUCGAGCACCGCCUCUACCUUUCAGCAUCCCUUAUGGAUUGUGUAUAGGUACACACAUUUACACGGAGAGAGUGGAAAUGUUGUGGAGGACCUCGAGCACCAGGGAGGAAGCGCUGACAGUAUCCGAUUAUUCCAUUGGAGGAGCAGGCAAACUGUUGGUGUUUCCAUGGCAACCAGAGGAGGAUGUCAGCAAGGACACCGCCUCUGUGCAACUUUGACUGGAACGCUCCUUCCUGUCUCGCAAACCCGCACACGGCACCACCGAUCUCCCUCCCUCCUCAUAUUUGAGAGCGAAUUGAAACGUCGACACGCCGAGCGCGAUGCUCGACUUUUCCGGCGGCCGCACGGAGCUCGGCUGAUGCAGCGGGGAAGUUCCUGAAGGAACGGAGGACGAGGAGGAACUAGGUGCCUUUUUUUUGUUUUUGUCCACGCACGGGAGAAAGAGAACACAUCCAAACGGAAACAAUAAAAACCACAACCACCGCGACACCUCAGCACACAAACCAGCUGCUUCAGACUGAAGAAACACAGCAACGCGCACACACUCACACACACACACACACACACACACACUCACACACACCAUUUUCUUGUUUAUCUGAAUGCCUUAAUUUCUUCAACUGCUAUAUUUUGGAGAGGUAGUGAGAGAGGCUGUGACAAUUUGAGUCACAUUUAGAAAUGAUUAUCGUUUAAGCGGCAGCCCCGUUUAUGUCGACAACAGUUGGUUAUUGUUCAAUAUUUCUGAAGCAAUACCGCUACUUAAAAAAAAAAAAAAAAAAGGACACAUUGUCCAAAAACAUUGCCUCUUUCUUUUUACGGAAAGUUGUGAGAUGGCCGUUGCACAAAAUUGUAAUUUCCAGUAAACACUUCAAUAAUAGAAAUAUAUUUAUAAAUAACUUAAUAAGUUCACCAAUAUGAAAUAAAAUACACUAAAAAAUGUCAUAAUUAUCACAACAAAGCCCGCAGCAAUACAGAAAAAAAGAUUUCGAGUGCAUCUGGGAAGUAUUCACAGUGCUUCACUUCUUCCACGUUUUGUUAUGUUACAGCCUUAUUCCAAAAUGGAAUAAAUGCAUUUUUGUCCUCAAAAUUCUACACACAAUACCCCAUAAUGACAAUGUGAUAAGUUUUAUAUAUAUGUAUAUAUAUAUAUAUAUAUAUAUAUAUAUAAAAUGUGUGUGUGUGUAUAUAUGUGUGUGUGUAUAUAUAUAUAUGUGUGUGUAUAUAUAUAUAUGUAUAUAUAUACAUCCAUCCAUCCAUCCAUCCAUUUUCUACCGCUUAUUCCCUUCGGGGUCGCGGGGGGCGCUGGAGCCUAUCUCAGCUACAAUCGGGCGGAAGGCGGGG